AUGAAAGUUGCGUGUCUUCAGUUCGCCCCGGAGGUAGGCAAAUUGCAAGACAAUAUCCAGCGCGCCGACAGCAUAUUAAAAGCCACCCAAAUACCUGCCGACUUGGCCUGGCUUAUCCUCCCGGAACUUGCCUUCUCCGGCUACAACUUCCAUUCGCUCGAGGAGAUUAAGCCCUUCCUGGAGCCCACAACCGCAGGCAUAUCCACCCAAUGGGCCCAACAGACCGCAAAGCACUACAACUGCCAUGUUACGGUCGGAUACCCGGAAAUCACAGUACCCUCUAGAAACCCGGCGGAUGUGCAGACGCAAUACAACUCGAUAGUAACCGUGUCGCCAUCUGGAGAGGUAAUAAACAACUACCGCAAGUCCUUCCUCUACUACACAGACGAAACAUGGGCGUCCGAGGGCCCAGGCUCAAAAUCCCAUAACCUCUCCAAUCCUGCAUCCCCAGACUCGCCUUUCUUCGCCGGUGAGCUGGGAGAGCUGGGAAAUGUCACACUGGGCAUAUGUAUGGAUAUCAAUCCUUACAAGUUCAUUGCUCCGUGGACAGACUACGAAUUCGCUUCAAAGGCAUUGUCUUUCCAGUCGCCCAUCAUCUGCGUCUCAAUGGCUUGGCUGUGUCAUCUCUCACCGACUGAACUCGCAACGGACCCAUCACAACCGGAUGUAGCGACUGUGGCAUAUUGGGUUGAAAGAUUCCAGCCCCUUGUUGAGGAUAAAGCCGGCAGGCCAGUGUGCGUCAUUCUGGCCAAUCGAUGUGGAAUGGAGAAGGGGCUUUGCUAUGCGGGAAGCAGUACCGUCUUGCGUAUCGAUAAGGGCGUAGUCAGCCUCUACAAUACGGCGGGAAAGAGCGAGGAGACCUGUUUGGUCGUGGAUCUGGCGGAUCGUCCCAAGUUUCAGGUGAGAAGUGGGCGGUAA